GAAACGGUUAGGGUGUGGAAGUGAUGCGGCUGGGGGGUAUAUAUGAGAGCGGUUGAAUCAGAUUUGCGGUCAGGGCGUAAAAGGAAAGAGACGAAGCCGUACAAAGAGGGCUCUCUUGCACCAUCUCCCUUCUAUCCGAUUCUCCCACUCUCUCGAAGAUGGAGAAGUAUGACCGUGUGGUGAAGAAGAAGGAGGAGAGGACGAUUGAUGCGAACGAGAUUCGUAUCACUAGCAUGGGCAGGGCACGGAACUACAUCACCUAUGCCAUGACUCUUCUCCAGGAAAAAGGGUCGACUGAAGUUGUGUUUAAGGCAAUGGGAAGAGCUAUUAACAAGACUGUGAACAUUGUGGAGCUGGUUAAGAGAAGGAUCCCUGGUCUUCAUCAGAACACAUCUAUUGGAUCCACCGACAUAACAGACACAUGGGAACCUAAAGAGGAAGGCCUUCUACCUAUUGAGACCACGAGGCAUGUGUCCAUGAUAACCAUUGUCCUAUCCACGAAAGAGCUUAAUACAUCCGCUAUUGGAUACCAAAGCCCGAUUCCUAUUGAGAUGGUGAAGCCAUUAGGCGAUAUCGACUAUGAAGGAGAGGGUUCACCUGGUGGCAGAGGAAGGGGAAGGGGAAGAGGAAGAGGGAGGAGACGAGGUGGCAGAGGAAAUGCAUAUGCGAACGAUGAGUAUGAAGAUGAAGGACUGGAACGUAACCAGUACGAUGGUAGAGGAAGAGGGCGUGGCAGAGGACGCAGCGGUCGAGGAAGAGGAGGAUACAGUGGUCCUCCAAAUGAGUAUGAUGCACCACAAGAUAGAGGUUACGGUUAUGAUGCUCCUCAUGAACACCGUGGAUAUGAUGAUCAUGGUGGUUAUGAUGUUCCUCAUCAGGGUCGUGGUGGUUACAAUGGUCGUCAUCAGGGUCGCGGUGGUUACAAUGGUCGUCAGGGCCGUGGUGGUUACGAUGGUCCUCGUCAGGACCGCGGUGGUUACAGUGGUCGUCAGGGUCGCGGUGGUUACGAUGGUCCUCAUCAGGGCCGCGGUGGUUACGAUGGUCCCCAUCAGGGUCGCGGUGGUUACGAUGGGCCCCAUCAGGGUCGCGGUGGUUACGAUGGUCCUCAUCAGGGCCGUGGUGGUUAUGAUGGUCCUCAGGGUAGUGGUGAUUACGAUGCUCCUCCUCAGGGCCGUGGGCGUGGAGGUGGAAGGGGAGGUCGUGGAAGAGGAAGAGGUGGCCGUGGUGUUGGUGGUGGAUUCAACAACAGAUCAGAUGGACCAGCAAACCAGGCAGUCGCUUGAGACGACAUGUGAGUGAGGUUUCUGUUACACAAACAUUAAAAGAAAAAAAGCCAAGUCGUUGGAUGUUUAUUUUUUCUAUCUCCUUGCUCUCUCUCUAUAUGUUUGUUUAUGUCCAUCAAGACGACAUGCUUGCCUAGUUGCCUCAAGUGUAUCCUCUUUCUUUUUAUCAAUUGAAUCCUAGUUUUUAGUUU